UCUCCCCCAGACAAACCCUUAAUCAUUCAGCUGGUGGACUGGAUCUUGCGAGGGACCUCCCAGGUGAUGUUUGUCAACAACCCUCUCAGCGGGCUGAUAAUUUUGGUGGGGCUUUUCAUCCAGAGCCCCUGGUGGAUGCUCACAGGCUGCACUGGAACCACUGUGUCCACGUUAACCGCGCUGGCCCUCAGCCAGGACAGGUCAUCCAUCGCAGCUGGGCUGCACGGCUACAACGGGAUGCUGGUGGGCCUGCUCAUGGCUGUCUACUCGGACAAAGGGGACUACUACUGGUGGCUUCUCCCCCCUGUGGCAGUGAUAUCUGCAGCCUGCCCAGUCCUGUCCAGUGCUUUGGGAUCCAUCUUCAGCAAAUGGGACCUUCCUGUUUUCACUCUGCCCUUCAACAUUGCAGUGACCCUGUACCUGGCAGCAACAGGACACUACAACCCCUUCUUCCCCACAACUCUCAUCAAGCCCAUAGCUGCAGUGCCCAAUAUCACCUGGUCUGACAUCAAUGUGCCACUGCUCUUGCAAUCCAUCCCAGUUGGUAUUGGCCAAGUCUAUGGUUGUGGAAACCCCUGGACUGGAGGCAUUUUCCUUGUGGCUCUGCUCAUCUCCUCCCCACUGAUUUUUUUACAUGCUGCAAUUGGAUCCACCGUGGGGAUGUUUGCAGGUAAGAAAUACUGACCAAUCAUUUUUGCUACCAAGAUAUCUUGAUACAGGCUGGAUUCUUUAAAGUUCAGACUUUAAAGUUGCAUCAGCUUGGCAGUAGUUGGGGCAGCACUCUCAUUUUCCAAAAUGUCUCCAAAUUUGAAAGCUCCUAGUAAAUGUCACACAACAGGGUGCGGGCAAGAACAGAAGCAGGUUUUCUCUAAACUUUGUAAUUUUUGUU